CAUAUUCCAACACGGGACUGGUGCACAGAUACACGCUGAACACUGAAGUGUGUGAGGAAGGGCCCCUAUCGGGCUUAUAGUAACGAGACUAUCACUGUUUACAUAGUGGAUUGCGUAAGAGUCUAAAAAGCACACUCAUAGUCUACACAAUACAGAAUAUAGCCGGACUCACACCUGUCAACAUGGACCGAGUUUACUGGAGAUUCGUAUUCACCUGCGUAUUGGCUUCUCUCAACCUUUCAUUAACGUCAGCGACACCGUGUGGGACGCUAAGUGCUACGCCUGAAAAGAAGCUUCUUACCUCGGAAGGGUAUCCUAUCAAAUAUGAACCUUCACAAUCAUGUUCGUGGACUAUUCAAGCAUCGGAUCCUUCCAAGAAUGUACUUCUAGAGAUAGUGGACAUGAUGGUUCAACCCUCAACUAAUUGUGUGGAUGAUUCAGUCAGCAUAUAUGACGGUAACUCGAACACUGCUUCUAAGCUUGACACGUUAUGCGGAGACAGCCGAGUGUUCUUAGCGUCAACUGGACAGAACCUAUUCAUUGAAUUUCGGUCCAACGAUAAUCUGGAGACAAGAGGCUUCCAGUUCCGAUACUACGAGGGAAGCCGAGCAACGCCCUGCUCCUUCACAUUAACGGCAACACGGGACGUGAAGACCUUCUACUCACCUGGCUUCCCCAUCGAAUAUUUCAACAAUUUAACCUGUCAGUAUUCAAUUCAAGUGGCAGAUGCAUCAGACAGCGUGCGGUUGGAGUUUACAGACGUUGACGUUCAAUCAGCUGAAUCUUGUCGUUAUGACAGCAUCGGCGUGACAAAUACAAUUUCAGGUGGCGAUGACCCAGUUGCCACUAUCUGCGGCACGGCGACCUCGCGUUAUCAAGGAGGAAAUAACAUGAAGGUCACAUUCAUAACGGAUGGGUCAAAGGUCAAUAAAGGAUUUUCGGCUGGAUAUCGGAGUGUGCCGAAGGAAGACUGUUCCAUGCAAGUGGAAGCAACAGAUACGGACUCUUUCAUCCUGUCGCCAGGGUACCCGACUCAGUACUUUAGUAACCUGAACUGCCGCUGGACAAUCGUUGCUAUGGACAACAAUGCUGUGGUGGAACUGGUUGCUGCCACCUCCAACAUCGCAGACACCUCCACAUCUUGCAGCAGCGACAGAGUGACAGUGAUGAACUCUAACACAGCAGAACUGGGGACAUUCUGUGGAACAAACACACCUACAUAUGAGAGUACCGGACCAAACAUGACUGUGAUCUUCACUACUGACGCAACAAACCAAGCAACAGGGUUUCGUCUGAAAUACAAACAGAAACAAGUCACACCUCCACCUUCAUCGUGUGGAGGGACAUUGACAGCUUCUGUUCGCGAACAACUACUUUCUCCAGGUUAUCCAAGAGCAUAUCUGAGAUCCCAACCAUGCACUUGGACAAUUACAGCCCUGAAUGAAAGCCUCGUCAAUCUGUAUGUCGACGACAUUGAUGUAGAAGCUGGUGAUCAGUGUCUGUUUGAUAGCCUCAAGAUAUACGACGGGGGUAGUUCUUCGAGUCCCCACCUGAAAACUUUGUGUGGACAAGUGAAAGGUUACAGGUUACAAAGUACAGGGAAUGUGAUGACCCUUGUCUUCACCACUGACGACUCCAAUAACGGCAGAGGGUUCGACCUCUCUUAUCAACAAACCUCAACUGAAUUAAAGUGCUCCGGAACACUUAAAGCUGCAAACACAUAUUCCUACAUCACCUCACCGCAGUACCCGAAUCCCUUCCCAGGUAAUGCAAGCUGUACGUCGUACAAAAUAGGUGGCGAAUAUGGCAUUGACUACAGAAUCAAGCUCGAAGUGCUGGAGUCAAAUCUCCCUGAACCAGUAAAUGGCGAGUGUACGAGCGACUACAUAACGGUACAUGAUGGCUGGCUGAGCGCUUCGAUACCACUCAAGUCCAUCAAUACCCAGAAGUCCCGCUUCUGUGGUAAGGAGCUGCCGACAUUUGUGAGCCCAGCCUUGUUGUUUGUCCAGUUCCACAGUACACAAGCAACAACAAGCAGCAACUUCCGGAUGCGAUAUCAACAAGGAAUAUUUGCCGAUGAAUUUGUGUCUCCCUGUGGCGGGACACUGACAGCAACGGAUGAUGUCCAGAACAUAACAUCACCGAAUUAUCCUGGCAAUUAUACAGGGUUCUUAAACUGUACGUGGACCAUUACAUCAGCGGAUAGCACCAAGAUGGUACGGCUAACCUCAAGAAACUUCCAACUGCUUAGGAGGCCAUAUCCUUAUGACUGUGACUCUGAUAUUACUUGGUUGAAGAUAUACGACGGUAACGUCAACAGCACUGACUACGCCUAUGAAUGUAGCAGCCAGGCUCUGAUGCAGCGUCAGAGCAGUCAAAACAUAAUGGCAGUGGCAUUUCGAGCAUUUGUUUUUCCCGAGCCUUCAAUCUUCAGUACAUUCAAACAGCAGAAAUGGUGCCGUGUGAUUAUGUAAAAGAUAUCGGCAAGUACGGUAUGCUAAAACUUCCUGGAAACGUACAAGGUCCAGUGAGAGGCGGUACCUGCUCAUGGUUGGUACGGAGCACAUCAAUGGAGAAAGGCAGGCACAUGAAACUGACGUUCAACUCGACUGCGUUAAUUAAAAGUCCUAAUUGCACGGAGGAUUUCAUAAGGGUA